CUCGUCGGCAGUCAUGGCGGACCAAAACAAGACGGACGCUGGAGAGAAGUUCUACAGUGAAAUAUUAAGUCCGUGUGAGCUGUUUGCGGCGCGCUCCAGGACUCAUAAACUCCCCGUCCGAGGACAGAAGGACUUCUUCCCCAGCGACUCGGAGGAGCAGAGACGGCGGCUGGAGCAGAGCCUGGACGAACACUGGAGCCUGGUGUCGGAGGAGCGGGUGGAGAGGCUAGGAAACCUGGUGAAAGGAAUCUGGGUUCCCGGUGAGCAGAUUGUGGAGCUCCAGUCUCCAGCGGGGAAGUUCUGGCAGACGAUGGGCUUUUCUGCAAACGGCAAGCAGCAUCUCCUCCCGGAGGAGGCCCUGCACCUGAUGGAGUGUGGAAACCUGCAGGUGUUCCAUCAGGACCUGCCCCUCUCCAUCCAGGACGGGUACGAGAUGUUCCUGUCCCCGGACACGCUGACCCUGCAGCAGUACCAGGUGUUCGGGCAUCUGAAGAGGCUCGGCUACGUGGUGCUCAGGUUCGAUCCCAGUUCUGAGCCGUCGGCCUACGAGCGGCAGCUGAACCUGCCGCGGACCCGGGACCGAGCGGGGAGGCAGCUGAAGAGGAAACGCAGCGCCAGCCCCGCGCCGGCCUGCAGUCGCGCAGAGACAGAAGAAGAAUCCACCGCUGAGAUGCUGGAGGAGGGUAGAGAAGAGUCCCGCCUGACGACCCCCGAGGGCCCCGGGGGCUCCGGGGGCCCCGGGGGCCGAGCUGCUUCGGCGGACGAAGGCUCAGGCCGGGCCUGGUGGGCGACCAGCGAUCCGGCCUGGGGCUCGGAGAAACCGCCGCCUCACAGCUCCUCCUCCCCCCGGUGGGACUUCAGCUCCAUCCUCUUCCCGGACCUGGGCCCCGGGGCCGGGGCCGGGGGCUCCCGCUGCAUGGCCCCGCCCCCGCCCUCGCUGCUGCCCGCCGGGCUCAGCGUGGGCGUCUGCGACGUCGCCGCCUGGAUGGAGAAGAUCAACCUGCGGAAGCUGAAGACGUCGGGGAGAGAGAGGGAGAGGGAGGAGCAGAGAGACAGGAAGCUGUGGAACAACAACAGAGAGGUCCGGCGCUGCAGAACCUGGGCGGAGUACGAGGAGCUGCUGGCGCGGCGGCAGGCGCGGCAGAGAGGCCGACCCGUUCACCUGUGGAACCGGGAGGUGAAGCCGUUACACGACCCCACGGAGCCGGUUCAUACCGCGGAGCUGUUGGAGAAGAUCAGCGUGGUGACGUCUACACAUCUGCUGGAGGGAGCGUCCAGGUUAAAAGGGUGGGAUGAGUGGAGGAUCCGUUUCAAUGUUUACCAGCCCGAUUCGGCGGCUGACUUCAAGAAGAGCAGCCCGGGGAGAGCGAGCUGCCGCAUGUGUGUGUGCAGCUUUGACGGGCCCGUGCCGGAUCUGGGCGUCAUCAAGCUGCUGGCCGCCCAGAGCGGAGACGUCCCCGUCGUCUUCGCUGCGGUCGACCACGGGGACGUCUCUUUCUACUCCUUCAAGGACUUCCAGCUGCCCCUGGACGUCUUCCCCUGAAGACGUGUUCCCCUGAUGACGGGUUCCCCUGACGACGGGUUCCCCUGAAGACGUGUUCCCCUGAAGACGUGUUCCCCUGAUGACGGGUUCCCCUGAAGACGUGUUCCCCUGAUGACGGGUUCCCCUGACGACGGGUUCCCCUGACGACGUGUUCCCCUGAGGAGUCGGCUGCAGCGCUAAACACGCAAACUUUACAGCUCUGAUCUCCGGGAUUCUUCUGCUUCACAACUGUCUGCUCAUCAUUUUAUCUGCUGUCAGCAUUUUUCCGAUCAUGUUUCUUUCACCUCUUCUGGGACUAAGUGGGAGAUUAAUCUUUCUUUCAUCAGCUGCUCCUUUUCUGAGGCGGCCAGACGGUUAUUUUUGUUGGAAAACAGUUUUAUUAACGUUUUUUUUAAAAAUAAAAGCCACAGGAUUCAGGAACCUUCCUCUUUACACUUCAGAGGAAGGAAAGUAGAUGUUUCACGUGUCGAGGCUUCUAAACACACAUUACGGUUCCAUCCUCUUCCCACGAUGUUUUAGUUUGUCAUGUCUCCCAUUAAAUCUGCCUUCUCUGCAACAAGAGCCAAACACACCAAUAAGCUUCUCCUCCUCGGUUCUCAUGGGUUUUUAAUCCACCUGCCGUGUUCCAACUUCAUAGCUUGAACUCCCAAAAAUUUUAAUUUGAUUAUUGUCAGAAAGACAACAGGGAAUGUACCAAAGUGCAGGUUUUUUGGCGAAGGGUCUGCGAUAUUAUAUCACAAAUUCAUAGUAUUGAUUUCCCAAUGAACCAUGAGAUUUGCCUCUUGGGUAACUUAAAAACUCUUCCUCAUACUAACUCUAUUAAACUAACUCAAACUUUACUUUCCGUUGCCAGGAAAUGUAUCGCAGUGAAAUCUGAUGCUCCAGUCCUGAUUAACCUGUGAUUGUCUUAAGUGAUCAGACAACCACAUGAUCGCUUCAAUAGCCUUUUAUUUCUUAUAUGGGAAAUCUUCCUCCCCACAUGAUCGAAUAAUCUUUAAAAAAAAUAACGGUGCAAACGUUUCGAGUGCGAUGACUUGUGUUCUGUUCUAUACUUUAAUACCACUCGGUCUGCAAAUUUCCUUUUUUUUAUUUGAAUUUUCUCUUAUUUAUUGUGAGGUUUUUGUGAUUGUAAGUGACGGUUUUGGUAUUUUCAGUUUGUUUUUUGUUUGAUUUUGUUUGUGUGAGUGUUUGUAUGAAAUCUGGAAAAUUUUGAAAAGAAAGUAUACCAAAAAAAGAAGGAAAUGCAUCAUCUGAAUGUGUCCUUGAUGACUGCUGGGGCGUUUCAGCAACACGUGACAACGCCAAAGUCGAUCAGAGCAGAUUCACAAAAACAGACGGCAGGAGGCUGAAGAUGCAGUUGUUACUGUACGAUUCUGUAAAACCGUUGCCACGGUUACGAGGUGUCUGCAGAGGUCACGGUUGAAUAAAAAAUACUUUUAAAAACAUUUCAUGACACCAGAACUCGUCAUCUUUGAAGUAGCGGAGGACUGAGCGAAAAGAAAAAAAAAAAAACGGCUUUAUAGUUUAUUUUUAGUGUGUUAGAUGAGUCUCCUCCUCUGUUGCAGUCACUGAAACCUUCUCAACCUAUAAAAGUGGCAUUUUUUUAUUUUUACUUUUAAGAGAAUAGAAAUGUAAUUCAAUUUUAUGACACGCAGGGCUGAGAACUGAACCAGCAACCUUCCGGCUGGAGGCCGACGACUAAAAACCUGUUUUAUUUCAGUUUAUCUUUGAGUUCGUGCAUCAUACUGAAGUCAAAAUUAGAGGCAACACAAAUACAAAUAAAUGCA